UGCCCCGCCCCGUAGGGCUCGUCCAUCGCUUCCCGGCGCAGGGGAGGCCAGCGAAGCUGCGGCGUCCCCCGCUCCCUCGUGCGAGUGGUGGCGCUCCGCUGGUGACCUGCCAAGGGCGGGCGGCGGCGGCGGCGGAGUCUGCGGGGGGCGCUCGGUCGGUCGGUCGCGGGCUUCGUGGUUCCGCCAGGCCAUGGUUUCGCUGCUGUGCUGCGGGCCGAAGAUGGCCGCCUGCGGGAUCGUGCUGAGCGUCUGGGGAGUCAUCAUGCUGGUGCUCCUGGGCCUCUUUUUCAACGUCCACUCCGCUGUCCUGAUUGAAGACAUUCCAGCCAACGAGGAAGAUUUCACGUCCGGGGUAAAAAGGAUCCACGCGCUCUAUGACCAAGUCAGCUACAACUGCUUCAUUGCCGCCGGCCUCUACUUCGUCCUGGGGGGCUUCUGCUUUUGCCAAGUGCGCCUCAACAAACGGAAGGAGUACCUGGUCCGCUAAUGACCCCCCUACUCUGCUGGAGCCCCUCCCCCCGUUUCUGUCGAUUCCCUCUUGCGCAGGAAAGUGUCCCUGUCUGGCACCAGGAAAGAGAAGGGGGGGUUCCUGGCACUGUGUGUGGAGCCCCGUUUCUCACUCGGCCAGCAGCAUGGGGACCUCUGUCCCCCUCUGCUCUGCCCUUGGUUCCCUUUCUUUAAACCCGAGGAAGAGGUCAGUGGGCACCACCCUUCCUCUUUUGUCCUUGGCUGACCAAAACAAAACUUCCGUGUUGUGUAAAUAGCAGAGGUGUGCCCCGCCUCACCCACCACCCCCCCUUGGCACUUUCCUGGCUCCAGGCUUGGGCCUCGAUUUGCCUGGCUUGCCAACAGCCAGCCCGCACCAGUGUCCGCACCAGUGUCGGCCGUGUUCCUGCGUUUUGUCUUGAUCGUAAUGCUGCUUUACCCAGGUCCCUCCCAGGGGCUGGAAGGAGCCGCCUCUUCCCUGACCCGGGCGCCCCACUUCAUGCUCCCGCCCGGGGGAAGGGAAGGGUCAGAGUGGCCCUGCCCCAGUAACAUCCCCCCUCCCACUGCCGGGGCCCGAAAGAGUCGUUUGUGCAAUAAACAACGUUAGAUCUGG